ACAGGCUAGCUGCAGCCGGGCGGCCCCCUCCAUGACGCGCCUCCUCUCGGUGGGCGGAGCGGGACACCGAGGCCGGAAGCAGACAUGGCGGACUGGGGCCGAGGUCAGAACCCAAGUGCUGUGGAUGAGAUGAUAGAUAUGGAAAACAAGCGCAUGGCAGAAAAUCUAGCCACUAAAGUCACCAGGCUAAAAUCGCUUGCCUUGGACAUUGAUAAAGAUGUGGAGGAUCAAAAUCACUAUGUGGAUGGGAUGGACACAGACUUCAUGAGUGUAACAGGUCUUCUGACGGGGAGUGUAAAGCGUUUUUCCACCAUGACCCGUUCAGGAAGGGACAAUCGUAAACUUCUCUGUUACGUCUCUGCUGGACUGGUUGUUGUCUUCUUUAUUCUUUAUUAUUUGGUGACAAGAGCACGGACUUGAGGAGGGAGUGUAAGAUAUGUGUUGGAAUGAAUGAAGGGAAGAAAAAUGAACAAUGAAAGACAGGUAUUUCCUGGAAAGGACUGUUCAUGUGUUUCUGGUGAUGGUCUCCAGUGUUCUCUCUUUCGGAGUUGAUUUGAGAUGAUUUUUUAUUUUUAAAAGGAUAUUCUGUCAUUCUCCCUUUGAAAAUACAGCAUAAUUCACCUUGUUGAAACAAACUUUAUGUAUUACUAUACCCUUUUCAGGGGCAGAGGGAGAAGAAUGCUGAUGAUACCUUCUACAAUUUUGCUAUUCAGCAAAAAAAUCUCUACAGUAUCAGAAUAUGUUUCUUGGAGGAUUGUGAUACUAGGAUGCAUCCAUCUCCUAAGAAAUAAUUGCUCUCUGGAGAGGACUUUUUCCUUGCAAAUUUCAUUAACUUUCUUAUUUCUGGAAACACCAGCGUUUAUAACUGCUGCAAUAGUCCUCAUUGUUUAUUAGUCAUUAGAACUUGCUUAUUAGACUAGAAUUAAGCCAACUAGAAUACUCAUAACUGGAAGGGGAAAGAUGACUUGCACAGUGAUAGUAUCUUGUUUACCUCCUCCUUAUUCUGCCCAAUAUAUCCUUUCUGGAUUAUUUAUAUUUGUAUAUGUUUAGACCAAACUGUAUAACAAAUUAUCUUUAUUUUAAUUUUUUAAUUUUAAUUUUUUUCUCUUGUUGUCCUGUUCUGUGUUACCAUUAUGUGCUUUUUAGUGUUUUGUCCUAGAUUAACUUGCCUAGAUAAGACUGUAAAAAUUAUCCCCUCUAAACAGCCUGACUGCACUUAAAUAACUUUUUAUUAUUUUCUAGUGCAUUAUUUUCUUAAUAAUUAGCAUUCCUCAGUUUUUGUUUGUUGGAUUUCAGUAUCCGUCAUGAAAAAAACAUAUUAAUAGCAGUUUUACAGCUAAGCUGCUACACAUAUUUUAGUUGUAUCUUGACAAGUGUUUUAACAUUCUGAUUUCACAGAGGAAACUUGCCAGUGCUUACAAUUUUGCAGCCAAAAAGUAAACUAUAAGCAGGAAACUUCCUGGCCCAGUCUGGAUAUUGACCCAGCCCCAGCCUAUCUCUGGCUUAGGUUAUUUUCUUAAUCUGGAGAGAAUCACUUUGCUUAUCAAUUAUUCCAUACUACCUCCCCUAGUGAUAAUAUCACUGGAUUGCUUUACAAAUUUAAAAUUAAAAAUGUACAGUCUUUGAACACUUGCCAGUAUAUCUUAUUUUCUGCAUGUAAAACUUUCCCAGGGAAUAGAUCCAGAGGAGUUAGCUGUGUUAGUCUGUAGUCGCAAAAUAGUAGAGAGUCCAGUAGCACCUUUAAGACUAACCAACUUUAUAGUAGCAUAAG